AUGGAGGUAAGGUACGUUACCUCGACGUAUGUGUCCUCAACUCAUGUCACCGAGUUCCUGUGCUCCAGCACCACCCUCCAGCUGACCCUGACCUCGGUGAGGUUGGUGGUGAACGUGUUCACGUUGGCGCUGGCGUCGGUGAUGUUGUUGUUCAUCUGCUCGACUCCAGCACUCCACAAUAACACAUUCAAUAUUCUGUUCCUUUCGUCGUAUGUUGUGGACUGUCUGGCCAACCUCGCCCGCAUAACACUUAAGUAUCUGCCUAUUAUUUUGUGCCAAAACACGUUUGUUCAGUACGUUUUUAGUUAUGGCCCAGUAAGUUUUCGAUGUCCUUGUGUGAACUUGUAUGGUGAGCUUGAAGUGAUGUCACUUUACAGAAUGUGACUUUUUGGGCUUUUUUGGCUGAAAAGUUUUGAAAAAAAUUGCAAAACAAUACAGUCUAGCAUGCUAUACUUUAUACUUAAAACUUUGUACUUAACAUAAUGUCAUCUUUACCUAGUAGUGCCACUUUCAGUCGCUUGCAACUCUAAUCAACGCCUCAGAAUGGUACCUCACGUAUGCGACAAUGUGUUGCGGGUUCUUCUUCAACUUGGAUCACAUGCUUUUGGUGGUGUUUCCGAAGCACUACGAAUGGGUAGGUGAACAUGUCUGACAUAUACUUGAGACAGAUAAGCAGUCCCAGGAACAAGAAAGUGAUUGUGGUCUUCGUGUGGGUACUGCCCUUUCUCUGCGUGGUACCCAUGUUCGAGCAGUGCUGUGGCAGUAUCUUCUUCGAAAAUACCAUGAAUCCGGUGUUUUCCAGUCGUGCAGUAAGUCUAUCUCUUAUAAAGAUAUAUAGGUAAUUAUGUUAUUUAUGAAAGUACUAUGUCUCGAACAUAUAAUACUAUGCACUUCGUAUAUUGUUUUCCACCUUUUCUCAUCAAUAUUACAGAUAGAAGAUGUGUACGAUACUGUGGAUAUGUUGCUAGAAUCCUUCUUCUACGUCCCCAUCAUAUUCAUAUUUAACUGUAUCACGACUACCGUACUACAAUGGAGGUAUAGAAAGUUCAAGAACACUGGCACAGGUCAGCUACAUCUUCUCAUGGACCAAGUCACCAUCAACAUACCUGAGCGUAACAGUCAUGUGCGUUCUGUAGCCAAAAGUAAGAAUAAAUUGGUCAAAAAGUAAAGAGAAAAGACAAAUUAAAACAAAAUUUUACGCAAACCAUACGUUUUGUUAUAAUAUUACUCUAACUUUCUCUAAUCAGUAAUAAUAUACAAGCUUUUACCAUUGCAGCUAAUGUACUACGCCAACGUCGUGUAGUAGACGAGCUGAACCUCUCUUUGCUGAACCUGAUCGACCAGAUGGUAGAUGCCGUUGGUGUCGUAUUUUACCUGUUAUUUUGGGCAGGUAACAACAAGUGGAUAGACGUUGAUAUCACCUUAUGUAUGACAUUGUACGAUGUAACUUGGGAGAUCAGCACAUUGAACCAACCUUAUAUCUUCCUCAUGAUGUUUCCGAAAAUACGACGGAAACUGGUACGAUUCUAUAUGCCACAACGACGAAUACGACCACAACGACAACAAACACUAGAAUCUUCGAUUCACUUGAGCUAA